CCCAACGAUUGGCCAAACCCAGUCAGCUACGUCGUUCUUGACCUGAUGGAGAGCGACCUCCACCAAAUCAUCCACUCGGCGCAGCCGCUGACGCUGGAGCACGUCCGCUACUUCCUCUACCAACUCCUCCGCGGCCUCAAGUACAUCCACUCGGCCAACGUCCUCCACCGCGACCUCAAGCCCAGCAACCUGCUGGUCAACGAGAACUGCGAGCUCAAGAUCGGCGACUUCGGCAUGGCGCGCGGCCUGGGCGCCGACCCGCGCCAGGCCAAGGCCUUCCUCACCGAGUACGUGGCCACGCGCUGGUACCGCGCGCCGGAGCUGCUGCUCUCGCUGCACCGCUACACGCGCGCCAUCGACAUGUGGUCGGUCGGCUGCAUCUUCGCCGAGAUGCUCGGCCGCCGGCAGCUCUUCCCCGGCCGCAACUACGUGCACCAGCUGCAGCUGAUCAUGGCGGUGCUGGGCACGCCGCCGGCCGGCGUCAUGGCGGCCAUCGGCGCCGAGCGGGUGCGCGCCUACGUGCAGAGCCU